UCCUAAUGCCUGUCACUUCCCAGGACGCUGGCACCAGCAGCCCGGAGCCCCCGAGCCCUCGGCAGGUUUGCCUGUCCUUCCCCGCGAUCUGAUUGGAUAAAGUGGGGGCUCGACGGUGGCCGACGUGGGACAGUCUGGCUGUGGCAGGGGUCUCGGAAACCAUGGGUUAUUGCAGUGGCAGGUGCACGCUUAUCUUUAUCUGUGGCAUGCAACUGGUUUGUGUGCUGGAGAGGCAAAUAUUUGACUUCCUUGGAUAUCAGUGGGCACCUAUCCUGGCAAAUUUUGUACAUAUUAUUAUCGUCAUUCUUGGUUUAUUUGGAACUAUUCAAUAUAGACCUCGUUACAUAACAGGAUAUGCUGUCUGGCUAGUCCUCUGGGUUACCUGGAAUGUGUUUGUUAUCUGCUUCUAUUUGGAGGCUGGGGACCUCUCAAAGGAAACAGACCUUAUCCUGACUUUUAAUAUUUCAAUGCACCGAUCUUGGUGGAUGGAGAAUGGACCAGGAUGUACGGUGACAUCAGUGACACCUGCACCAGACUGGGCCCCAGAAGACCAUCGCUACAUCACGGUCUCAGGGUGUUUUCUGGAGUACCAGUACAUAGAAGUGGCUCAUAGUUCCCUCCAGAUUGUCCUCGCAGUAAGUGUUGACCACCAACCACUCCUUCUAGUGUUUCUGGAAUUGUUUUAUUUCCAUGCAGAUUUAGUGCACACAAAUGGAAUCUGUGGAUAAAGUGUGGCUAUUUGCUUUUUUCUAAUUAAUGCCUCUUUCUAUAGGGAUUUGUUAAGUUAAACCAGGGCAUAGUAAAAGGUUAUCAGUCAGUAAAUCAGUAAAUAGGCUUUGGUAUCUUCAGCAUUUUAUGUAAGAAAUCCAACCAGUCAAAUUUUGAUCAUUUGGCUUUUGGUAAAUAAGACCUAUCUAAAGAUUCCUGCAAAAAGAUCAGAGAGUCUUCACAACUAACAUGCUAUGAUGCCUAAAUUUAUAAGAUUUCAAUAGAUAUUUUCCCCCUAUGGCUUCUUUCUGUCUGUGCUGCUAGCCCUGGGAAUUCUCCUGUCUGCUCGUAUUCUUCUUCCUAGACUUUCCCAAAGUACAAUGCAUCACCUUCUAUCAUUUCUCUUCUUUUUCAAAACAAUUCAGCUUUUCAUAAAUUCUACUUCUAGGACUAUCAUGCCUCCAUUUAUCAUAGUA